AUGAGCGGUGAUGCCGCUCUGGUUGCAGUCUCAAUAGCGCUGUCCGUGCUCUCACUGCAGGCUGUCUUGCUCAGAUGCAUAUCUCGCUUCGCCGUUGCGAAGCAGUAUGGUCUUGAAGAUGCACUGGUCAUAUUAGCGCUUUGCUGCUCUAUAUGUUUGGCUAUACUUUUCACUCUUGACUUUACCUCAAUCGAUGACGAAAGCAGUAAUGGCUUUCCCAGCACGCAGUCCUUGGAAAUACUGUGGGCAGCACUGUUGCUCUCCAAUAUCGGCAUCCCAUUGAUCAAGACCUCGAUUUUGUUGCAAUAUCUCGACUUCUUCAUCUGGCCCAAACACCGCAAUACAUCCUGGGUGCUCCUGGGCGGCGUGGCCGCAUUUGGUGCCGCCGGCGCCGUGGUGUCCAUUUUCUCAUGCCUGCCCGUCCAGGCCUUCUGGAUCAUGACCGAGGACUCACAAUGCGUCGACAUCCGAGCCUUCACCCUCACCAGCGCAGCGUGGAACCUUUGCACCGACGCACUGGUCCUCGCCCUACCCAUGUUCGCAGUCGCGCGAUGGGCCCAGCCCACAGCUGAGCGAUGGGCGUUCGCGGGCUUGUAUGCUCUGGGCUUCAUCGCCUGCAUCGCCAGCGGUAUGCGGCUGUACGGCCUGCAUACCGGCGACGUCAUGCGCGCUUCGGGCGACAACACGACCCUCUGGAUCAGCACGGCCGUGGAACUCAACACCAUCAUCCUCUGCGCGACCCUGACCACGCUCGGCCCACUCACGGAUCGCUGCUUCCCAGGUUUCCUCUCCAGCUGGCUCAACUCCGGCCGCCGCCCAAGCUACAGCAGGACUUGGCUGAAGCUCAAGGGCCGCGACUCGCCGCAGCCCGCGGCUGUGGAACUUCGUCCGGGACAACCGCAUGAGCCCGCGCGGGCGCCCAGCGCACUGUCACAAACUUCAGCGCCCUCCGCGCCCGCACCGUUUGAGACCCCCACCAUGACCAGUGUCACGACGAACAAACGCGGUAGUGCCCAUCCCGGUGCGCUCGUAAUGAUCCCGGUCGACCUGGAGAGGGGUGAAAACAAGCCACCGCGGCUCUUGGUCCGGGACUCAACCCCGUGA